AUGAAAUCAGAAACGUCCCUUAUAUUCUUCAAUACUUUAGACACAAACAUACUAAUAAUAAAACCAACACCAACAAACAAAGCAGAAACAAGAAAAUGCAAUAAACCAUUUUCUCCUCCCACACAGGUAGUGGUGAUUGAACCUCCCUCAAGCAUAAAGUUGUCUCUUCACACUGGGAAGCACCUGGACAUCACUCUCCCAGCUGAUGAAGGAAGCUCCUUGCACCUGUCUUGUGUGGUGAACGGAGGACGCCCACGACCCCGCGUGUGGUGGACGCUGAAGAACGAGAGUCACGAGGUCAUCCUGGACGAGUCGUGGGAGCCGCUGAACAAAGAACUGACCAAGAACGACCUGAUGUUGCCUCACCUGAAUCACGAACUGCACCAGGAUCGCCUCGUCUGCCACGCCAGCAACACCAAUAUCUCUCUGCCUCUCACCGCGUCCGUCACCUUGCUUCUUAACAUGGCACCCCGACUGGUGCGCAUCACGGGGAUUCCUUCGACGCUCCUCGCCGGCGACCGCUACCGCGUGUGGUGCGAGGCGCUGGGGAGCCGACCGGCGCCUACCCUCACCUGGACUAUUCGGCGGCCGCAUCGUCUCGAGGAGGUGCUCGCCACGCAGGAUCUGUCGCAGAGGAACGUGAGUCGCGGCCGUCAGGAGCUUGAAAUCAGCUGGAGCGACCACGGGGCGACUCUCAGCUGUUCUGCCGCGAGCCCUGCCCUGCCCUCUCGCAUCGUCACCAACACUACCGUUUUCGACGUCCACUUCGCCCCCCGGCUGCACCUGACGCUCGGAAGGAUGCUGAAGGCGGAGGCGAUAGAGGAGAAGAAAGACGUCUAUUUCCGGUGUUCCGUCACAGCCAAUCCCAAGGUGUACAAGAUCACGUGGUACCACAAUGACGAAAUAGUACAGCACGACCGCUCAGCCGGCGUGCUAGUAUCCGACGACCACUUGGUACUGCAAAAGGUUCACCGGCGCUGGAGUGGGACCUUUGUCUGCCGAGCUUCCAAUGUUGUGGGGGACGCUACCUCCAACGCCCUCUCGAUCACUGUCAGAUACGCCCCUCUCUGUUCCUCGUCGACCACGGGCGUGUACAGGGUCGCCCUCGGGGAUGAGAUAACCCUGCCGUGUCGAGUGCUAGCUCACCCUCCAAAUGUGACCUUCUCGUGGACUUUCAUGAACUCCUUGACUGAGCACGAGCGAGUGGCAGGAGAGCGUGUAACGUGGAAGGGCCUUGAAUCGAGACUUCGCUAUCUCCCAGAGAAGACUCAAGAUUACGGAACCCUCCACUGCUGGGCCAGUAAUGUUGCUGGGAACCAGAAGGAACCUUGUGUGUUUACCGUUAAGCCUGCAGGCGUCCCCUCCCCUCCCCUCAACUGCACGGUAAGCAACCAGACCUGGGAAAGCGUAGAAGUGACCUGUGGCGACGUCACUUCCGUCUACGGGUCGCGGCCAGGUCAGGGUCACAGCGGAGCCACGGGUCACGGCGGGGGAGCAGGGGGUCACGGGCUGGUCCUCUCACCGACGCCCAGUGACCCCGCGGAGUUGGUUCAGGACGCUGAUAAGCCGAGAUAUCUAGUGACGGUGCACGAGCGGCUGUCCAAAGCUGUAACACACAAUUUCUCAGGUGACGUAGGAAUGUUCGUAGUGAGCGGCCUGACCCCUGGGAUUGACUACCUCAUCACGGUGGUCAGAUUUAACAGUCACGGAAGGUCAGCGCCUAUCACCCUCGAGGCCUUCACGCUACGUACGGCGGAAAACAGGAUGAGAGAGAAGGACGAGGGCGGAGACAGUGCCGUGCUGGGCGUGGCGGCCGGUGUCGUGGGCGCCGUCCUCGUGCUCGUGGUCGUCGCCGUCAUCAUCACCCUCAGGUCGCGCCGCCCACGCUCCUCCACGCCCACCAAGAGCACCCACCUGCCGUCGGGCGAGGCGUCGGAGGAUGUGGUGGGGCUGGAUCACCCAGACCUGCUGGAGGCGAAGGCGCACGUCGGGCAGCCCGCGCCGUACAGGGCGGCAGAGGUCACGCAGGCGCUCUUAUCCCAGAGUCGACCGCUGGAGGAAGAUGCUCUGACCCCUGCCUCCGUUUCCCCCACCGCCCACAUCGAGUACCUGCCGUGCGAGGGCUCCGACUCCAUUUCCCCCACGGUGAGGCCCCAUCCAAGGCUCUACGUUCGCGCGGAGGGACACAGCAGCCAGCAGGAGAGCUUUCUCUAAAGAGCUCCUUCUUCUGUAGCUGUUGGCCGGGUUGGCAGUGGUGCUCACGUGACCCUCUUAGCUACGUCGUGUGGGGAAGUCUUUAUACAUAUAUAUUUUUUCGAGAAAGUUUGACCUCCCUCAACAUUAACAGUUUGUAUAUGGCGAUGUUCUUGGGUGUUAUUACAUGAUUUGACAGUGUUGUCUGCGGAGGCGAGCAGCAACCUCAAAGAGACAGUCAGUGUUCAUAAGAACCGUACGUUUUAUCAGUGUUCUUUGGGUGUAUAGUGGUUAACAGAGAUUAUUCCGAUGCUUCACCUUAAUGGAAUGUUAUUACUUAUUAUAUCAUAUAAAAAAAGGAAACUUUUAUCAAUUCAGUUUUCCCUUUUUUCUGUGUGGUCGGAGGUGCAAGUUUUAUAAGUUUUGAUAAGUCGAUCAACACAAAUUUUAUCAUUGAAGUUUAAGAAUUUAUGUAUUAUAGUUUAUAUAUAUUAUAUAUAGAUAUAUAUGUAUAUAAAUAUAUAUGCACAUAUACAUAUAAAUAUACAUAUAUAUGAGAGAGAGAAAACCUAUGGAAAGUCAUUGAAGGUGAAAGAGAAAUAUAUUUCCUUUGAAAAGAUGGAUCAUCUGGCUAUAUUUUUCGCAAGUAAAGUGUUUGUACAUUAGUGGUAGUGGGACUGUUUUUGUUGGAAAUUGUGGAUGUUAGUACAUUUUAUUUGUUAAGGCAAAGUUUAUAUGCUCUAUAGAAACCCCGUUAAUAUCAACUAUUGUACAUUGAGAUGGAGAGAGAGCAGCUAACCCCAUGCUUUUUUGUGUCUACCUCUAUGUGUACAUAAGACCAUUCUUCAACUAAACGGUGUACAUAUGACUGUCCUUCCACUCACAAAUGUACAUAUGUUUCUCUCUGCUAUCAUAUGUAUAUAAAUGUCCUUCCACUACCAUGUGUACAUAAUACUGGUUCUUCUCACAGAAUAAUAUGAAGUGUACAUAUAUCUGUCCUUCCAAUAAUCAAGAUUAUUAUUGUAUACAUAUAUUCAACAACAUUUGGCCAAUUUGUGCGUAGGGAAAAGAUGAGAAUUUGAUUUUUUCUAGUUACAGUUUUCCUAAUCUGUCUUCCUGCUGUCUUUGUUUACCUUACGUUAUUUUGUUUGUUUGUUGUUGUUGUUGUUGGUUACCUUAUCUCUUGCGCUUUAUCGGAAUCUCUUUUCUCUCUCUCUCUCUAAGUUAUCGACUUUGCGUGUUCUCUCUUUCAUUUUCAACAUUUCUUUUUUCUUCUUUUCAUCAACUAUCUCUAUUCCCUAUAGUCUUUUUUAUUCCUCCCUUCGUACUCUGCUCUCCUUACGUUCCCAAUUCCUAUAUAUCCACCCUUACCUUAUUCCUUCUACGUCUCCUUUAUUUAUUCACCUCCCUCGUGCCUCAUUUGCAUACCCAUAUCUCAUUUUCCUUUCCAUUUUCUAACUGUGAUUAUAUUCUCACAUGCAAUCAGCUCUCCAGGAUUUUUCGUUUUGCAUGACGGUCCUGUGGUACGAUUAUUUGUAUUUUAUCUUGUUUGUCUGUAAUUCCUGAUGGCUUUUGUUGCUUUGUU